CACAGACACGGCAUUCUUGCCUUGGAAAUCAAUCGUCUGCUUUCAUUGAACUGGGAAGUCUCUAUCUCCCACACCUAUAGAGAGUGCAAUUUUGCUGCUGACUUUCUAGCCAAGAAAGGGCAUAGUCUGCAUUUUGGCACACAUUUUGUUGACUCAAAUGACCCAGGACUUCGGUACUGGUUAUUGUAUGAUGUAAUGGGUUUGUUCCAAGAACGUUCUGUUAUUUGUAGUGCUUAG